CAACAACGCAACGACUGAAAUGAAUGUGAGAGAGAGAGAGAUGAGUUCAAGUUCUCAGUUUGCUGCGCCGUCCGGUGCCAUCGUCGACCCACGGUUCUGCGUUCCGUAUCCGAUCGACCUCACGUUCUUCAUCGAUGCCGCCAACUGUGACCACCUGACGGUGACCGACAUCAACGGCAACGUCGUCUUCAAGGUCGAAGCCCAUAAGUGGAGCCUCAGAAACAGGCAGGUGGUCGUCGACGCCUCCGGCAAGCCUGUGAUUUCGAUGCAGCAGAAGCUGAGCAGCAUCCAUGACCGGUGGCAAGUCUUCAAGGGAAAUAGCUCAGAUCCUAAGCAUAUGCUGUUUAGCGUCAAGAGGAGUUCUGCUCUCCAAUUCAAGACCGAGUUGGACGUGUUCUUAGCUGCCAACACGAAGGAGGAGGUGUGUGACUUCAAGAUCAAGGGAAGCUUCCGCAAGAGAUCAUGUACUGUGUACAAGGGCGACUCUUCCAUGGUGAUCGCGCAGAUGAGCAAAGAAUACAAAUUGGUGAAUGGAUUGGUAUCCAAGGAUGCUUUCGGCGUGGCCGUCAACCCAAACACCGACUACUCCUUCGUUACUGCUCUGACCAUAAUUCGACAUGAGUUCUUUAAAGAAGACACUGAAAUCUCUGAUGAAAUCUCAGAUGAAAUCUCAGACGAAAUCUCAGACGAAAUCUCAGAUGGAAUCUCAUCUGCAAUCUCGUCUGCAAUCUCAGCUGCAUUAGGUGGAUCCUAAUUCUCCAUGCCUGCUAGUAUAACAACGAGUGACUUCCUCUGCAGCAUGAAACCACAGAUGGGUGCUUGGUGAAGACUUGGAUGUUCAUGGAAGACUUGGGUUGUAGUACUUAAUCUUAUGUUCCUCCUUUUGUGUGAUCGUGGGAUGGCUAUAUAUGUAUGUAAGAUUAUAGUAGUUUGCACCGCAGCUGAACCUGUUUAGAGAUCAUACAUAAAGCUUGUUUGAAGAGCUCACUGCCACUUCUUUCAAGCAUUGAAGAAUCAUGUUUCCUGA